AUGAAUGACCAAGGCCGCUACGUAGAGAAGACGCUCGAACGAGAUCCUAGCCCCGGCCGCUUCUCGCAGGCAUAUGCGUUUGUUCCAGAGAUUGAGGAAAAGCAACGCGAGGAUGUUGCCCGGACAGGAACUUCCUCUACUAUAGCGACCUCCUCGUCCUCAACACCAGAUACAUCGGAAGCGAAACCCAGACCACCUCCCCAGCACUCCUCCUCCUCCGACGUAGAAAACCUCCGCCACCAUUCUCAUUCUCUAAGUCGCAUCCAGACGCAACGAAGCCAGCACUCGCUUACAGUCGGCGGCCUCGGUGGGCUACUGCGGAGCAGAACCUCCCGUGCUUCGAGACCACUACCAGAGUUCGGCGCUGGGAAACCAUAUCCACCUCCACUACCCUCACAGGAAGAUUACGUCGUGGAAUUUGAUGGGGAGGAUGAUCCAUUGCAUGCUCAGAACUGGCCGCUACGGAAGAAGCUGUUAACAGCUGCUAUGUUGGGAUUCACGACGAUGACGGCUGCGUUCGCUAGCUCGAUUUUUAGUACGGCGACGAGAGCUAUACAGGAGAGGUUUGGUGUGGGUUCUGUAGUCGCUACGCUGGGCACGUCGUUGUACGUGCUGGGCUUUGCGACGGGACCGAUCCUCUGGGCGCCGUUCUCGGAGUUGAAAGGACGACGGCUGCCGCUCGUGAUAGCCUCGUUUGGUUUCUCUGUCUUCGAAAUUGCUUGUGCGACGGGCAAGGAUUUGCAGACCGUCUUGAUCUGUCGGUUCUUUUCGGGGUUCUUUGGGGCUUGUCCAAUUACUUGUGUUGCAGCUGUCUUUUCCGACAUGUUCGGUAAUAGGACAAGAGGAAUGGCGAUCACCGUUUUUAGUGUAACAGUCUUUAGUGGUCCUUUCCUUGCACCUUUCAUCGGCGGCUUCAUAGUCAUGGACCCUGAUCUUGGUUGGCGGUGGACUCAGUACCUCGUCUCCUUCAUGGGCUUUGCGGCCUUCACCCUUAACCUGCUCUUCCUCUCUGAAUCCUACCCACCCUUGAUCCUCGUUGCCAAAGCCGAAGAAUUACGCCGCCGCACCAAGAACUGGGGCAUUCACGCCAAGCAAGAAGAGAUUGAAAUUGACUUCCGCGAACUGCUAGAGAAGAACUUUUCUAGACCCCUCAGGAUGCUGGUCACGGAGCGUAUCGUGCUGCUACUAAGUGUAUACAUGGCGUUCAUUUAUGGACUGCUAUAUCUCUUCCUUACAGCAUAUCCAUUGGUCUUUCAGGGCGUGCAUGGAAUGAACCCUGGUGUCGGUGGGCUACCGUUUUUCGGCGCGAUCGUAGGAGAGCUGCUGGCUGGUACCCUUGUCUUUGUUCGGCAACCGGGGUAUCAGAAGAAGCUCGCUGCUAACAACGAUGUGCCUAUUCCUGAAUGGCGGUUACCAGAGGUCAUUGCGGGCGGAGUUUGCUUUGCAGGGGGUAUAUUUUGGUUCGGAUGGACUGGAUACAAAGCGGAUAUCCAUUGGAUUGUGCCUACGCUUUCUGGACUGUUAAUUGGGUUUGGCAUCAUGAGUAUUUUCCUGCAGGCAUUCAACUACCUCAUUGACGCGUACCUUAUGUUUGCCGCCUCGGCGAUUGCAGCGAACACGUUCCUUCGUAGUCUCUGUGGAGCAGCGUUCCCUCUCUUCGCACGGCAGAUGUUUGAGGGCAUGGGUAUUGAAUGGGCUGCUACGUUGCUCGGAUGUGUUGCUGCUGUGAUGGUUCCUGUGCCGAUUUGGUUUUACUUACAAGGUGCGAAGAUCAGGGAGAAGAGCGCGUAUGCGACAACGGGGAAGAAAGAAGAGAAACAGGAAACCAUGGCUUUCAAUUGCUCCACCGUCCCCGAGACGACAAACACAGAUGCUGGAGUAGCAGGCGCAGGCACGCUUCUAUCCUUCAUAAUCACAAACAUCCUCUCCAUCCUUCUCUCCGCCGCGAUAAUCCUCCUCGGCCUCCGAAAAUCCACCUCAGCCCCCAUUUCCCGCAAACUCCUCCAGUCCUUCUCCGAUCAACAAAUCCUAACUGGAAUCGGCAUCCAGUCCGUCGGCCUCGCCAAAAUGAAAACAAUGGUGCCAUACCACUUCUUCAUCAUCUGGCUUCUCUCCCUCUUAUCCACCGCUACAAACCUUGCUACUUUACUCGCCCUCGUAAACGACUUCAAGCGUGAUUGGGUACUCCGUUGGAUACGGCAGAUACUCAUGCUGAUAAACAUGUUUCUGGGAAUACUAAGUGGGAUUUUCAUCCUGCAGACUGUGAUGAAGAACAUGGAGCCCAGGUUACCAAUUGCCUGUGUCUGGGAAGUGGAAAGUAAAGGCACAAGUGGAAACGCGGCUCUAUCAAUCGCCGGCACCAUCGCCGUAAUCGCCGGACAAGUCAUCACCUUUGGUUUCGCAACAUGGUACCUGCACAACCGGUCAAACCCCAAAUGGCUCAAAACCGUGCAAGUCGUUGGUCUCUUCGCCUGUCUUGCCAUGGGCGUGGGCGCCACUGUGCGCGUGGUGUUGGAAUCUCAGGCUUUUGGCCACCCACCGGAAUCUGUGAGGUUGGUGGGGCCUAGUGAGGGGAACUGGAGUUUCGGACAAUUGUUACCGUUGUUGUUGCUGGCAUUGCCGGUUAUUAGUACGAUUGAGAUUGCGAGGGGGGAGGAGCUUAAGCCGAGGAGUAGGGUGGAUGAUGAUUCUGUGCCGCUUUUUGCGGCCGGGAACGAUAUGGAGUUUCAGCCUAAUCCGCUGGCGGGGAGUGCGACGAAUUUGUUCAGAAAGUAG